AUGCCCUCUCAAGGCUUCAAAGCUAUCGUCGUUGGAGGCGGUCCUGUUGGUCUCACAGCCGCUCACGCCCUCUCCCGCGCCAACAUCGACUUUAUCCUCCUCGAGCGUCGCCCUAGUGCUGUUAUCGAUGCAGGCUCCAACCUCGUCCUCAGCCCCACGGGCAUUCGCGCUCUCAGCCAACUCGACCUCGGCGAGUCUCUUGAGAAAGUUAGCUCUCCUCUAGGCGUCAUUCACCGUCAAGAUCACAAGGGCAGCGAUCUCGGCGAUGUGAAUUGGUUCCUUCUGAUCAAAAAGCUACUCGGAAAGGCCCCCAGUGUGGUUAGCCGUCAAGACCUUACUCAUGUCCUUUACGAAUCUUUCUCUCCCGUUCAAAAGAGCAAGAUCCUCACCAACAAAAAGGUCUCCGACAUCAUCCCCAGCGCAGACGGCGUCAAAGUAUCAUGUCACGACGGAACAUCCUACGAAGGCUCCAUCGUCAUCGGAACCGACGGUGCCCAUAGCUUUGUUCGUGAGAAGAUGCGCGCUCUUGCAUUGGCUGAGGGCUCAGAGCAGGUCAACGACGAGAAGCCUUUCCUCACCACUUUCCGUGCUCUCUGGUUGCGUAUGCCGACAAAGCUUGCGGGUAUUGGACCUGGGACAACAUGCGAGACUCACGGCCCUGGUGCGGCAACACAGCUCUUUUCUGGCGAGGACUCUGCAGUUAUGGGACUUUAUGAGAAGUUGGACACACCUACACGCGACCGAGUAAGAUACACUGAGGCGGACCAAGAGGCCCUUGUCGAGCGAUGGGGACACAUACCUCUUACGCCUGGCGGAAAGCUCACACUCAAAGAGGCAUUUAGCGCACGCACGCAAUCUGGCCUGGUUAGUCUCGAAGAAGGUGUCGUCAACCACUGGAGCUGGGGCGGUCGGGUUGUUCUCGCUGGCGACUCGGCGCAUAAAUUCACGCCCAGCACAGGGGCUGGUUGCAACAACGGCUUGAUCGAUGUCGUGGCACUGGUCAACCAACUCUACAGCCUCCGUCAGAGCACACCAUCACCCACUGCGACCCAACUCGCCUCAGCCUUCCAAUCCUAUCAGGCUUCACGAAUGGCUACUGUAGUGGAAGCCUGCGACGGCGCAGGCCGCGCAACAUCAAGCGCGACUUGGCAGACUGGAGUUUUCAAGUUCGUCGACAAGUAUGUCAUUGGUAUCUCAGUUAUUCAGAAUAUGUUGAUUGGGUUGGGAGCACCCAAGAUGGCCAAGUCACCGAGGUUGACAUGCGUCGAGGGCCCAGAGAGAUUUGUUGGCACAGUUCCUUGGGUGGGAACUGAAGAGGUAAAGGCGUUUUGA